GGGUGGGCAACAGGAACCUACACCUGAAAGGGCGCUUCGACCCACUUUUUCGACAGAGGAUCGUGGCGGAGGGAAUAAGCGGCCAUGUUAGCAGCAGGUACUGGCAAUGGUUUUGGUACCACAGCUUGGUGGGGGUUUUCUCCAGCACUCAACUUGCAAGCAAUGUCUCUAGAAUCCUCCACGGAGCAUCUGAAACUAUCUCAGAAUGGCGUUCCUGAACUGAACAUCCUGCUAGUGGGAUCAAUAGAUGCACGACACAUCCUAAAAACGAUGAGUCAGAUGCAUCGGCAGCCUCGAAGAAAAAUCAACUUCUACAUUCUGGAGAACAAUCUGGAGGCUGUGAGUCGGCAGCUGUUGUUCUUGAACCUGGCUCUGGAGCCUCCAGACAAAAUGGGCCUACAAGAGAAGAGUGAGACAUUCUUGGAACUAAUGGGGAACACUCACCUUCGGAGUCAGACUGCUGCCUAUCUGCAGGAGAAAGCAGCCCUCUUCAUCCGUUACAUCACAGACUCUGACUUCCAGCUGGCUAAUCUCCCUGUUUUGGAUUUCUCUGCACUCAAGUUCAGGGAGCGGGACCAAUUAGAGGCCAUUUUUCAGUUCUGGCGAAAUCCAGACCCACAAGCUUUCCAGAUCAAGCAGCUUUGGGACCUGCGUCUGCGGCAAUACCUGGGCACCCGUUAUGACUCUCGUCGUGGAGUGUGUGACUGGGAUCUCACCAUGAAACUGCACGAGCAUGGGGCCACAACGAUAAACUUCCAUGAGUUUUUCCAUUGGCGUAAUACAGGCAUGGCCUUUGAAAUGCGAGAAGCUGUCUACGAUGUCCCCAACAAAACCUUGGCAUCUGGACGUCUCAUGAGACACAAAGGGGAACUCAUGCCAGCACGGGGAUAUUGGGGAGAUAUCACCACUGGCCCAUAUAUCACAUUUGGUGUUGAAGCUGAAGAUCCCAGUCUGCUGAAAACCAUCAAUGGCCACCCUAGUAAAAAUGCCCAAGAAAUAUCCUUGCAAAAUAUCACUGCCCUAUUGUACGAACUGAGAUACCACGCUCGCUACAAUCCUUCAGCCCCAUCUGAAGAGGGGAAAGAUGAUGAUGAUCUUCAGAGUGGAGGUGACUGUACUGUAUUGUGUGCUACAAAAGGACUUCCUGCAACAGAAGAUGUCCAUGUCCAUUUCCUGCCUCUUGACUGCCUUCCUGAACUCCAUCACAAAGCCAAAUAUCAACAGCUUUUCAAUCUUUUCUUCUUCUCUUGCGGUAUGGUGCAUUAUCUUAAACCAAAUUUGAGUCUGGUGUCAGCUCCAAAAGCCACUCUUAUUGUUGAGUUAACAAACUUCUUGCCUGACCUCAGCAAAGAACAGGUCUCCGAGUUCUCCUCCAGAGUGACUCAUCUGGCAAGAGAUGCAGAAUUUGUGCCAGUUGAAAAAACAGACAAAAAACCUUUCUUGUUGUUUCAAUUUGGAGACCAGGAGGUUGGAGAUAACCCCUGUGAAAUAAUUCCACCAGAGAUGGAAGUCCCUGGUCCCUGA